UGAAAUGCCGGUGACGUUUUCGGCAGAUUCCGUCGGUGAGGAUGUGCGCGAGGCGGAACGGCGCACGGUGGAAUCUAAACAAAUCUAUAGGGAAUCAGAAGAUCAGAUCAGAUCAGAUCUGAUCUCAUUGGGGGGGAAGGGGUGUUCGGGCGUGGCACGAGCACCUUUCAGACCUCACCUAGGCGACACAAAAGACGUCAGCGCGAGCUCGAGGCUUGAGUUUCCACGUCAGCGCGAUCUUGAGGGUUGAGUUUAUCCGUUUUCUCUCCGUGUGUUGAUCUUUUAUGCUACUCAUACAACCGCGUGUGCGUGUGUGCGCGCGCUUAUGUUGAAUGUUCGUUGUUCAACUACGUGUAUAUAUAUGCCAACGCGACGUGCUGAGGCCACGCCCACUCUCACUAUCACGCCCAUUGUUGACGAAUGAAGAUGGAGCAGCAACUAGCAGAUAUGGAGAUGAUGACCCCCCUGAUGGAGGAGGCGGGAGGAGAAGAGAACUCGGACGAGGAGAGCGCUGGUGAGCAACAGUCAAACGGCAUCACUUUCACUCAGACUUUACUUCAUCUGUUAAAAGGGAACAUUGGCACAGGGCUGCUCGGAUUGCCGCUGGCACUGAAGAAUGCUGGGAUACUGUUGGGCCCAGUGUGUUUGGUGUUGAUGGGAGUGGUGUGUGUUCACUGCAUGCAUACCUUAGUGAACUGCAGCCACCAGCUGAGCGAGAGGUUAAAGAAGUCGCCUCUUAGUUAUAGCGAGACGGUAGCUGUUGCCAUGGAGACAAGCUCCUCCCACUGCCUGAGGAGAGGUGCUAAUUUUGGCAGACUGUUGGUGAACUUCUUCCUGGUUUUGACCCAGCUGGGCUUCUGCAGCGUGUACUUCGUCUUCCUGGCAGAAAACAUCAAACAGGUGGUAGAGGGUCACAACAUUAACUCCUCCGCCUCAUCAUCACAAGCAGUUUUAGCGUUUAACUCCAACAGUUCAGAAGGGGGUGGAGGCCCUGCUGUUUCCACGGUGACAGGGCUAGACCAGCGAGUGUACAUGCUCCUUCUCCUACCCUUCCUCAUCCUCCUCACCUUCAUCAGGGAGCUGAGCAACAUGGCACCUCUGUGUGCUGCAGCCAACCUCGCCAUGGCCGCCAGCCUCGCGCUCAUCUACACUUACAUUCUCACUGAUAUCGGUGACCCCAGGCGGCUCCCUUACGUGUCCACAUGGAAUAAGUUCCCCUUCUUUUUUGGAACUGCCAUCUUUGCCUUUGAAGGGAUUGGAGUGGUUCUUCCUGUAGAAAAUCAGAUGCGUGAGCCAAAGCGCUUCUCCUGCGCGCUUGAUGUCUCAAUGGGCAUCGUCAUUGUCCUCUACAUUACCUUGGCGACACUUGGCUACCUCCACUUCGGUGACGACAUCAAAGGAAGCAUCACUCUCAACCUGCCACAUGACACCUGGUCUAAUCUCCUGGUGAAGGUGCUGUACUCGUUCGGAGUGUUUGUGACUUUUGCCGUUCAGUUCUUUGUAGCUGCGGAGGUCGUGGUACCUGCUGUGUGUGAGCGUGUUUCAGAGAGAUGGAGACAACACACUGACCGCUGUACACGGGCAUUGCUGACCUGCAUUACCUGUGCAGUGGCUGUUCUCGUCCCUCGUUUGGAUCUGGUCAUCUCGUUUGUGGGCGCGGUGAGUAGCUCCGCCCUGGCGCUCAUCUUCCCGCCCCUGGUCGAACUGAUCGCUUGCUCCACUCGUCCGUCCGCACUCCUUUUCCUGAAGGACCUGUCUAUCGCCCUGAUCGGAUUCCUCGGCUUCCUCACAGGAACGUACGUCACAGUGGGGGAGAUGUUAUACCCAUCUCCCUGACGACGAGAACAAAGCCAGACCUACUGCCCAAUACAGCGAUAACGUACUGCGUUGUGUACUCCUGGAAACAAAUACACGGGUCAACACUUUUUAUAACUCUCUUAUUACUUUUUCAUUCCAGCUGCACACACUGCCGUCCCUCACCCUGUGUGUGUGUGUGUGUGUGUGUGUGUGUGUGUGAGAGAGAGAGAUGAGUGAAAUGGAGACCAUUGAUGUCUGUUUCAUGUAGUGCAUUACAUUCCUCCUAUUGUGUGUGUUUGUGUCUGUGUAUGUUUAUGAGUGCUACACACUGUACAGUAUAUAUUCUUUGACUUAACAGAUUUAUUAUGAAUAAAUGAAUGACUUUAACAGACGUUU